AUGACUACUGUGGCUCCUAUGGAGAUUGGUACCUUCUCCGAAUUAGUGAACAAAGCGAGGGUGGUUGAAGAAUAUGCGAAAAUGGUAGCUUUGUCCAAGGAAACUCAUGGAGGAAACACUAGUAAAGGACGUGGCAAGUAUUUUCAUCCAAGGGGUGGUUGCUUCAACUGUGGAUUGCCUUGUCAUAUUGCGAGGGAUUGCACUCAUGGGAGGAACCCGAAUGCGGGUCAGAGUCAGCACCAAGGGCGAGUGUUUGCUGUGAACGCCAAUGAUGCUUCUAAGGCAGAUCCGUUGAUGAGAGGUAUAUGUUUAAUUGGCGAUAAAUUCUUAAUAGCAUUGUAUGAUACUGGAGCUUCACAUUCGUUUAUUUCAUUUGCUAAAGUUGAGGAACUAGGCUUGAAAGUGUUAGAGUUAGCAUUUGAUCUGCAUGUACACACUCCGCAUCAGACGGUUAUGACUAGGUCAGGAUGUAGGCAAGUAGGUUUCAAGCUUGAGGGUAGAGAUCUUGUGUGUGAUUUGAUCUGUUUACCAAUGGUUGGGUUGGAGAUGAUUUUGGGGUUUGAUUGGUUGUCAAAGAACCGAGUUUUGUUGGAUUGGUUUGAGCGGUCGAUUCAGUUUAUAUCAGAAGGAGAAAAUGGAGCAGUGAUAGCUAAGGGAUUUACCUGA